AUGAGAAUGGUGGGGAACGGAAUUCUAACGCCUCAGGCCCAAGUCCCUCUACACAAUGUGCAAAGAGGUGACGAGGGUUUCCCAAUGUACGGAUACCUCACCUGGGCGACUCACAAACAGCUUGCGGCUUUGGUCCCUUGGUUACCAGAAGCAGUCGCAAGUUGCAACGCCAUUGCUGCUGGAGUCGAAGCCGGUCCAAAGAUCUUCUCAGCUCGACCCAAGCCAGCGGAUGCCGCUCUUUCAAAGACGGGGGGACGAUCCACUCUUUACGGGUUAAAAAAGUGGUCAGUGAGGGCGGUGAAGGAUCAAGACGAAGACGAGGAGCAAGCUACGAAUGCCCCGCGCCCUCAACCCCGAGCCAGACGGAACCAUCAAGCCGAGGGUCCCAAGACUUUUGUCCAACUCAUCACCAUCGUUCUUGGUGCGGAUGGGGUGGGCAGAACUACGCUGUACGCUGUAUCGGGCAACAUCGGCAAUGGCACCAACAAACGCACCUCUCGGUAUCCAAGACAAGCGCAUGAGGGGUUGGCUUGGUGCCUCCUUCACCUUGAUACGAAAUACCUAUCCGUAAUGGGCAAAUGGCGGAAAGCACAGGAGGGAGGACUCGCCCUUGAGACUGAGAUGAGCAGACCGGGGCAUGGCACCGACGCUGGCUACGUAACCCCUGGAAGCUAUUUGUUCCAGAAUCCAGCAGCGGCAUCAACCCACGUCUGCGGCCUGCACUGGGUUAUUCGAUACCUUGGACCAAGGGAACAUGGCUGGACGUUCUUGACCUUCCGGGUUAGGCCAUGUCCUCCAGCUAGCACUGCACCAGGCUAUCUCAAGCACUCCAACGCCAACUGA